AUGAAUACAAAUGCUGCCGCGAACGAUGAAGGUAUUGCAGAGUCUCCUCAUCUGUUUGCUGAUGAUUUGAUUUGGAGUGGCCAGAUUCUAUCAUUUGUUGGUGUUGGCCAGUAUGCUUUUGUAGGAGCUGUCAACAAACAGAUGAACAAGGCGUACAAAGAGUACUGCAAGAUUGAGCUAAAGAAAAAUCCAAGAAAGGUAUGGGCUAACAAUUAUUCUCCCAGUCGCUCUGCAGAAAUCACCGACACUCUUUGCUGCGAAACAUUCUGUAACCAGCCACGCACAGAAUGCUGGCUCAAGGACAAUUCCAGCACCAAAACCCCGGAUCGUUGGGAGGUUUGCACUGCAAUUGCCAAAAUUGGGAAUAUUAUGGUCAUGCAAUGGGCCCACCAACAAGGAUUCCCAUGGAAUGAACGUACAUGCUCAGGUGCUGCUGCAGCCGGACAUUUGGAAAUUUUCAAGUGGGCUCGUGAAAAUGGGUGUCCAUGGGAUGUACAGACAUGUGCCUCUGCGGCUGAAGGUGGACAUUGGAAAUUCUCAAGUGGGCUCGUGAGAAAGGGUGUCCAUGGGAUGAAUGCACAUGCUCGCGUGCUGCUGCAGCCGGACAUUUGGAAAUUCUCAAGUGGGCUCGUGAAAAUGGGUGUCCAUGGGAUGUAG